CUUGAGAUUAAGAGGAUCUUGUGCUCUAAAUUUAAAUCUUGUAAACAAGAGGAGAAGGCUAGCUGAAGUGGCAAAGUAUUUGACCCAGACCAAUUAAUAUCUGUAAUAUGUUAUCCAUAUAUAAACCUUCCACUAAAAUGCAUUAGGAUGGUAGUUUUGUUAAGAAAUAAUCAUGAAAUACGUCUAUGUUAUUUUCUUCUGCUUUUUGGCAGUGACAUUCGCCGAACACACAAGCGAGAAGAUCAGGAAAAGCCACAAAGCUUGCCAAAACGACCCCAACACUAAAAUUAAAGACGAUACCCUUAAAAAGUAUAGACGAGAUGAAACAGUGGACGACCCCAAUUUUCCCAAAUACAGCCUCUGUAUGAACAUCGGAACUGGAAUCCAAAAUAAAAAUGGGGAUAUAGACAAGGACAAACUUAAAAAAAAUAUCGAAGGAGACUUUUCUGAUGCUAGUAAGGUCAGCGAAAUAUUAUCUGAUUGUGGAACAAGAAAAGUUGGCAUCACUGCUGAGGAAGCUGCUCUAGCCUUGAUAAACUGUCUUAAUCAUCAUUAUCGUCUUGCAAUGCAACAAGAUAGUUUAUUGUAAUAAGCUAUAAAUAAACACUAUUUUUAAAGACA